CGAUGUCUGAGCUCGGCUUUUCCUCCUACCCAUUGAAUUAAGUCGACUAAGGCGUCAUGGCUGGCCGUUCCCGUACCUCAGCUGCGGCACGUCAUGCGCGAUAAUAUACACGCUCUUUUCGCUAGUUCUUCCACCAUUCCUCGUCCAUGUAUACAAUCUUUUUUGCGGCGUUUUUUUUUUUUUCACUCCAAUCGGCCAGAUCCGAUCGCGUGAAAAAGUGGCAAAGCGCGCUCAGCAGCACGGCUAACCCACAAACCUUGUUCCAGUCUUCGAGGAGUGGCUGUUGGUACAGUUACCGCAUCCAACACCUUGGAACCAGAGAUGGAAAUCAAACCGGUGCGAUUAACUUCGUGAACGUUUGUUCGAAUCGCGUAUCGCAGUGCAAAUCGAUCCAACGAGAUCAAGGAAGCAUCGCGAUGCAGAGCACGUGGAACGGACGAACCAUCGUCCAGUGACCGCCUCGUGCGUUGUUCCUGCAACCGCUGCAGUUCUUUAGUUUUCCCUGCUCGACUAUGGAGGUGGAGUACAUAAGUAACGCGAUACGUGCGGAUUCUUCUACCGUAAACGUAAUUGAGGAUCCGGUGAUUUAGGGGGAGUGGAGCAAGCUGCCACGUCGUCCUACUUAUGCGAGGCAUGGCUAGUGACUGGCCGCGAGUUGGGCAGUAGACGUGAGACGCGAAUUAACUGCGACUACUGUUCUUGUGAAUUACUCGUUCAGGUUUCACCCGGUUUUCCGAUGUGAAUCUCGCCCACGGUGAGCAUACGUAUUAUGCCAAGGUGCAGACCGGUGCUGUGUCGUCGAGUUCUGUGCCUCGUCGCUCUGCUCCUUGGACUCGGGGUUAACGGACGUGAUCAGCCGGUAAAUGAGGGAUCUGCGGGAUCAAGGAAUGACGAUGCGCAGCCGCAGCCUCCGACCACGAGUUACUCCGUUGCUGGACCCAACGCUCUCGCCAGAUCGCUCCUCGUCGAACGGCAGGAGAGGCUGCAGAAGAAUUGCGACACCCUUCCUCGGCAACGGGACCAACUCGUUACUUCAAAGAUAUUCCACCACCUUAUCGUCGACGAACUGCACAAGCUCCUCUACUGCUAUGUACCAAAAGUGGCCUGCACGAACUGGAAGCGAGUACUGAUGAUAGCGUCGGGGAAAUGGCAGGGUAAGGACCCGAUGGAAAUCCCGGCAAACCAGGCGCACUCCCCGGGGAUUUUCAGGCGUUUGUCGAAGUACACAAUGGAGGAAAUCGAGGAAAAACUGUUGACCUACAACCGGCUGAUAGUGGUUCGCCACCCCUUCGAGCGGCUGCUUUCGGCCUACAGAAACAAGUUCGAAGCGAAGUACAACAGCUCGAUGUACUUUCAGUCGCGAUUCGGGAAGCGGAUAGUAAAGAAGUUCAGAUCUAACGCGACUCGCGAGGCCCUCGAACGGGGCGACGACGUGACGUUCAGCGAAUUCGUCGACUUCGUGACGACCGAAGACGCCGAGAAUGGGACCCUGAACGAACACUGGAGGCCCAUCACCGAACUCUGCCAUCCCUGCCUGGUCAACUACGACUUGAUCAGCAAGUACGAGAGCCUGGUCGAAGACGCGACGGAGGUUUUGGAGCGGAUGGGCGCUCCCUGGGUUCGAUUUCCCAGCGGGCCGCAAAGCAGCGAGCCGACUUCGAAGAGGCUCGGAAGUUACUACUCGACGCUCACCUUCAAGCAGCUCCAAAAACUGGCGAAAUUGUACCAGCUCGAUUUCAAGGUGUUCGAUUAUUCGCUCGAGGAGGUUCUCGGCUUCUCUUUGGCCUGACUGACGUUGGUUACAUGAAAGGGAAAGUUUUUUUUCCAUUGACUUUCAUCGAUUCGCGGCCUGGUCUUUUCACUCGUAUGAGGUUUGAGGUUCGAGUACGGAGAUCCGGCCUGCGGGGAAAGUUGCAUCAGGCGUCUGGUAACGCCUUCGUUUUCAUUUUUUACUUUUGUAAUUAGGUAAUAGACACGCCACAGGCUGUAAUAACUCAAAAGACUCGAGCGCGUACUGCCUCGUUGGUACUUACGACUCGAUACUGCUCAAUGUCCGUUAAUGCACACGGUAGGAUUAAAUUCGAAUUGAGUAUUAAAAAUUGAGUGAGCCGAAAAUCAAUCUCAGUGAAAUAUCUUCACUACGCUAAUCUUACGAUUGUACUAUUCGGCAAUUGGAAAUUAUAAAUGAUCGGCUCAAACGUGCUCAGAAGUAUGUUGAACAUUGUCAAAAAUGUGUCAGUACUCAUCGAAAUUGAGAUUAAAAUUCGAAGUCAAACAGCGUCUUAAGGUAAAUUUCGUAUAGAAUACUUUAUACGAUUGCUCAACAGUUCACAUUUACACAAAGAAUAUACUCGUUUCACAAUAUGUUGAUGUUAGAAAGGCCCGUACUUAAGCUAGCCGAUGUUCUAGGACUAAUUGUAACUCUGGUGAAUGCAUGAAGUUUAAUAACAGAGGGGUCUGUAGGUCAAAAUUGUUAUGUUAUAUUGUUGUUAAGUGAGGGUUACCAGCUAAUUGACUGUGGGGACGAAGGUGAAUUUUAUUUUACGUCACGCACAUUCCCAAUUUCAUAUAGAUUGAAAUAAUCUUUUUGCUUCAUUUCGUUUGUAUCUCGGUGGAUCAAAAUGUAAUUAGAGGUAAAAAAAACGUCUACCUCUGCUACUUUGGACAUGUUACGAUAAAUUUCAGAAUCACACCGUACGAUUUAUCUUUUCUGUCUCACGUUACACCGGAUAUUAGUCAAGAUAUUUUCUCUGGGUUUCAUUGGUCUACAGUCGGUAGUCAUUCAUGAUUUACAAUCAGCUAGUGCCAAACGAUCGUUUGUAAAAAUUUAAGAAAAAAAGCAAAAAUCUAAUACAUAAUGCAGAGUUUGAAAGAGCGAGAAGCAACACGGGGAUUAAGUUAGAAUUAUACCGCGGAACGCGCUCUGAGUAUAUAUAGACAAUUUGUCAAAACGAUGGAAUCUCAAGUCUGCGCAUAACUUCGACGGGCGAAAAGAAUACUUCGCUAAUUUGAGUCGUCCGCGCGAAGAAGGAACGAAGGGGCGGGGGGGGGGGGAAGAAAGCAAGAAACGCAAAGCAGAAAAAUAUAUGAAACAGAACCAAACGCAACUAUUUUUACAACAUACCGAAUACCGAGAUCUGAAUAUUUGCCAAUAAUUUGGCAGCACAGUGGCGCCGCGAAAAUCGCGAUUCUACAGUUUCUUUUUUUAUUUUUUAAUUUUGUUUUCGCUUCAGUUUUUUUUUUUUUUUUUUUCUCCAUACGCACAUCAUAAUCAUUGUAUCAGCCCGAAUUCAACGAUCGGUAAUCGGAUACGUAAAUCGAUCACGCGUAUCGUGCAAUAUACAUACUAAUAAACAACCGUGCCAUUAUUAAUGAUAGCUAUCGAUACCAUUUUAUGACGUACUAUAAAAAUAUACUUACCACUAUAAUGAGGAAAAAAUAAAAUACUUAACACGCUCUCUACGCUACCGUAAACACGCAAAGUGAUAUAUACAUAUAUCUUAAUAAAAAAAAAUAAAACUGUAUGCGUUCAAUGGUACAUAUUUACUAAAUACUUUAUUUUUUUGUAUUAAGAUAACCUUUUAUUUAUCGCAUAUACUUGUUAUGUAAUUUUAUAAUUGAGUUUAUUUAUUCAAUUUUUCUCAAUCACUAAUAAAAAUAAAUCAAUCUGAUCUAUGUUACUAAAAUACAAAAAAAUAAACACCGUAUUUCUGACUGAUUUAUUCUAAAUCUCGAAAAUCAAGCGCGUCGUAAUUUCUACUCGCCUGUAACGACAAACGAUCAACCAAUCGAUCAAUCAAUUAUCAAAUAAUUACAAUUACGUGCACUGACCUGCGGAUUAUAUUCGAGUUCAGCGGCCGUGAGCGUAUAUUCAAGGCGUCUAUGUCCUAUAAAUGUGGUCUCAAGAUGGUAGCUUGCAGAGUGCAGCCGAUUCUUCGUUUAAAAAUACACUGAUAACCAAUUAGACACGCACAUAUUACAUAUUAUACGCAUUAUCUAUACACGCACAUGCGUCCGUCAAUACGUGAAGAUAUUUACGACCGAGUGAAAGCAGCUGGAGUCUGACAAACCACAGCCAACUACUUGAUGCAUAGUUUCGUAGCGCUUUUUAACGUUAUUGGAAGAGAUUCGCGGUUAAUCGAGUUUGAAGUGCAAUCGAAAAAUGACGCGCCGGAGAUGAGGAAAAAAAAUUAUUUAAUAAGCUUGGAUGAAUUAAUUCAGGAGUUUCCCCAACUCAAUGGACAACUUUCUUGCGAUGAUUACCUACGUCUAAGGUCGCACGUAUACUGUAUGCGUAUAAAGAACUCGAUUAUGAUCAAAUUUUCCGUGAAAAAGACGGUACGGGAUAACCGUUGCGGUUCUAAAAAUUCCAAGAAAUUAUUGGAGCCAACUGAUGUGACAAAAACAAAUGGAAUGAAAAUUGAAAGCAAAGUUGGAAACAGGUUUUCACGGCCAAAAAAACAGCUAAUGUUUACUGUCAGGCUCGCGGUUGAACGGAUUUGUAUAUUUUUGGUGCAUAACGUUUGUUGUAAAAGCCCGUCAGUCAUACGGUUCAAAGAUUUGCGGUAAAAACAGGUAGGUACAGUAAUAGUACGGUGGUAUUGAAAUGGCAUAGAUAAUAGGUUGUGUAACGUUUCGGUCAUCGGAAUGGAUCGUUAGAACUGACCAUUAUAAAAAUAGUUUCAAAUCCCCGUGGUCUGCUUUCGUAUCAAAACCCCGCUAAUUUUAAACAACCGUUUCAAUCAUUCCGUGAUAUCGUAAAACGCGAGGUGAAGAAAAAUAAUGAAGUAUAAAUUUGAAGUAAAGUAAUACCACAAAUCGCGCGCAAUACGUGAAUCGACGCUUGCAAAGCUCCGAUCAUAUAUCGCGCAGCGUCGUUUUCUUUUUUUCUUCAGGCUGCUAAUCGACAAGCACAUCAUCGUAAUGUUGUUUCCGCGCAGUGUAAAAAAAAUGAUGAGAAAUAUUUGGAAUUCAAACCGAGAGCGAAGAUCGUCCGAUGCUACAAAAUGUGUUAACCUUAUGCGUGUAUAUUCGUGUAUGCAUGUAUGCAUGUAUAUACGUGCACAUCGUACCUGCGGGGGUGUUUGAAAAUAUUCUAUUUAAGUAUUCUUGGCAGGAAAUACUAAAAAUAUAUUCGCUAUGAUUAUAUUUAGCGUUGAAAAGUGGACCGGGAUUUCUUGAUGCUAAUAAAAUCACGAAUGUCUCAUUCUGUGUAUAUAUUCUCUUACGUACAUAUAUACGUCUACGUUCACAUGUCGCCGGGUAUCAGGUACAAGAUAAUUAUACAUGUGUAUCGAUGCAGAGAGCGAUAAAAAAAAAAGCAAGAAACGACGUUGAAAAAAAAAAAAAAAAAUUAGAAUCAAACGCGACGCUCAUUAUGUAUGUAUCUGUAAGCGUACGAUCUCGAGAUCAAGAAGCCUCCGCGCCGUAUAUCACGUACACCCGUAUAUUUGAUUUCUCAUUUUGUUUUUCCACUUUUUAUUUAUUAAUUUAUUUUUACUCAACGUCAAGAAGCCGCCAAGCCAAGCGUCGCCUCGCCUCGCGGCCGGAACUUCGUCGAUGCUUCCAACCGUGGUACAAUUAUUAAGAAGUAUCUCGAUAAUUGAGGAAUGACAGAAGCCGAAAGUCACAAAUACAUGAAGACAUCGUGCCUACGUUCCGUCCGUCCGUCAGCCUUCAGUCAUUCCAGGUUAAUGGUGGCUUAAUAUAACUCCGUUCGGAAAACGGCGACCGAGUGAACGGAGCAUGGAGCUUUUCUUCGAUUCGGUUCGGUUCGGUUCGGGCCGCGCGGUUCGAGGAUCAUAACUUUGACGGUCCACCGAGUGGGAGGCGGAGGCGGUCUGUGUUUCGUAUUUUGAAAAAUACAGCGAGGAGAUGAGAGGAGGUGAGAGGAUAGGAGAGGCGCGGAGAGGAGAGGAGAGGAAGAGAGAAUUCGGACCGCGUCACCGACGGUGGUGGGGAUCCAGUUCCAGGAGCUUGCGAGAACCGGGGUUCUCGGCGAGCUUGCGGCCUCCACGAGCCGAUCCUUCAGUCGAGCAGAGAUACCGUAGUCGAAAAGAAGCCCUCCGUCCCAAGGGAUCGUGGAGAUUGUAUUCGGCGUCGAGUCCGUGCGGGGAUCACAAACGGUAUACCAUAACCGCGAUAUUCCCAACGAGGAUCAUCAAGACGGCAAAUAUAUACUUUGAGAAAAUCAAAGGCUAGCUCCGGACUCGUGUACCAAGGAGAAAAAGAACACGUUCAAGGAUCCGCAAACAUGCCGCCAGUUUCAGAAACCAGCAACAUCCUCACCACCUACCUUAUUCUCAUUCUGCUGCUCAUCUCAUUAUGGAUCCUCUACGCAGGUGUCUUUUAGAACAGACAUUCCCACCAUGGAUUCGCUGGGUUAACAUUAUACCUUGAAGCAUGGCUGGUCAAAGACAUGGGGGCUCCCAGCCAAACGAAACUGAACCGCCACCGGCCCCACCAUCCAUAAACAUCACUAACAUCAUUCUACUUGAUUAUUUAUGACAUAAUUUAUUAUACACAUCUAUAUACAUAUAUUAUACAUUAUAUUGUACCCUGUAAUUAUACUGUUUAUCAUCGUUGUA